AUGAGUGUCAAACCAGCAGCAAAGGUCUUGUUUUGCGGCGAUGUUCAGGGAAGAUUCGUCGAGCUGAGCAAAAAAGUCGCAGCCGUCAACAGCAAAGUUGGCCUUUUAUAUUUUGCUCACACGGGAAGUGCAAAAGGUCGAGGUAUUGGAAUUUAAUGAAACUUGGUAUAUAGAUACUUUAGGACAUCCUGAAUUCAAAGAAGUUGAAAAAAAGUGCGCCUUUUUGGUUCUAGUCGAGUUAUGGCGCCUCAAAGUUUGCACGCAAAAAAUGCAUUGGAAGGGAGGAGGGAAUGUGUUGCGGCGGCUAAUUCUAGCUGCCAGCAGGCGGCGUAGUGUAGUGGCUAGCGGCCUUGCGCUGUGGAACCUAUGAUGAAGGUUCGAAUCCUUUUUGGUGCAAUUUUUUUUGCAAAUUUUUUUUCUUGGAAAAAAUGAUGAAGCUUUACAGAUGGAUCGAAAAAAACGCUCAAAAUGUUGAAAUUCACCAUUUUAUGUCGUUUGAGGAAAAUUUUCGACCAAAAAAUUUUUUCGUCCUGUAUCUUUUUCAGGCUCAAAGGACUUCAAUAGACCGUAAGAAUUUUCAUCAAAAAAUUUUGGUGGAAAAUAUAUAGCUAUAUUAUUAUUGCAUAUUGCGUAUAAUUCUGAACUUUUCAUUCAUUAAACUUUUUUUCCAAGAAAGAGUCCACUGACUACAAAAAAACAAUGAAAAAAAUUUUUUUUUGUCAAAAAUCUUGCUUAAAACGACAUAAAAUAUUGGAUUUCAACAUUUGAAGGGUUUUUCAAUAUCUUCAAAACUCCAUCUUUUUUUCCAAGAAAAAAUUUGGCAAAAAAAAUUGCACCAAAAAGGAUUCGAACCUUCAUCAUAGGUUCCACAGCGCAAGGCCGCUAGCCACUACACCACGCCGCCUGCCGGCAGCUAGAGUUAACCGCCGCAACACAUUCCCUCCUCCCUUCCAAUGCAAUUUUUGCGUGCAAACUUCGAGGCGCCCUAACUCGACUAAAACCAAAAAGGCGCACUUUUUUUCAACUGUUUUGGAUUCAGGGUGUCUUAAAGUACCUAUAUAUGAAGUUUCAUUAAAUUCCAAUACCUCGACCUUUUGCACUUCCCGUGUCAGAACUCUUCUAUGUGGUUAAUCGAAAUGAAGAGAAAGCACUUCGAUUUGAUACGACGUCCUUUUUCCUUGCCUAGAUCGACACAAAACCUUGAAGUGAACGCCGUAGAUCCGGCGCUUCUUAACUCGAAAGGAAUUCGCACGGGGAAAGUCCAAAACCCUUCAAAAAAAGAAUCUUGAGCUCCUUUUUUAGCUCCUAGAAAUGCGUCAAAAGUUUCUCUGAGCCUCCAUUUUUUCACCUUUGCCCGUGGAACUUUUCUGAACGGACUUUAUCUAUCAAUAAUUGCAUGUUUUAUCAUUCAGAGCGGUCCAUUUGACGCCUUGUUCUGCCUGGGCGAGUUUUUCGGAGACAACGAUGAAGACAAUGACAAACUUGUCAAUGGAAUCAUCGAAUUUCCUAUUGCUACUUAUAUUCUCGGUCUGUGUCAAAGGGAAAAUUAUUGAGAAUUCGGUAAUUUUUCUCAUUCAGGUCCUUGUUCCGAGCGUCUCACUCAUCUCUUCCCCGAGGAAUCUGUCGAAUUCUCGUCAAAUGUCACUUAUUUGGGCCGAAAAGGAUUGUUAAACACGGCUUCAGGUCAAUUUUUAUCAAUGUUUGCGGAAAAAAAAAAUACAUUUUACAGGUCUUCAAAUCGCUUACCUCAGUGGAGUUGAAGGAACGUCGACCAGCGACUUUCAGUUCUGCAAGUCUGAUGUCGAGGUAAGGGAUUAAAGAAAAAGAUUUCCUGCGAACAUAUUUGCUUUGGAAAAUGAUUUCUUCGCUAAAAAUCCGAUCAUUUCUAUUUUGAGCAGAAAACUUGCAAAAGAUUGAAUUUUUGAAGUUCAUUUCAUUGCAGUAACUUCUUUUUUUCAUCAUAAUAUUGUGAAAUUUAUUUAUUUCUUUAUUGUCAGAACAACGCAAAUAAUUAAGGUACAGAUAGAAAGGAAAUAAUAUAACAUUGGACAGACAACAAAGCUAAAAAGGUCAUUUGGUGCCCUAACGAGCAGCAUGGCGACCGUUCGCAAAAGAGGAGAACAAAAAAAAAUGAUAAACUAUAAAAAGACGAUUGGGGAUGUUGAUAAUAAGUUCGCUAACAGCUAUCCUAGAUAAUUUAUCUUUUUAAAGUUUUUGGGGUGGCACGAAAAAAAUUUAAUUUGGUUAUUAAUAUGUUCCAAAGAGUUAUAUGACGCGAAAAGAAGUUAUCUGAUAAUGAACCCCUAGUUUGUAACCGAAGUGGAUGUCUACCUAGCCGAGAGAAGGCAAUAAAGUUGUCAAUUGAUGGAAAAAUGAUCAAUUUUUAAAAACAAUUUUAUGGAGAGAAAAAUAUCAAGAAGAAGACGACGUUGAAAAAGCGGAAGAACAUUGACUUGAGUUAAUCUGUCAUGGUAUGAAAUGAAGCUAAGAUUGCAUCUAAUAAAAACUUCUCGAGAGAAGAAACGUAAGGAACUUUCUAGUUUAUAAGAUAGAUCAGAGUUUAGAGGAGGGUUGAAAACCUCAGAACAGUAUUCUAAAAAUUGGACGAACAUAGCAAUUAUAAAGUUUAAAAAUAUAAGGACGGUGAGAGAAAAACGAAAAAGAAUUUAACAGUUGUUUGGAUCUCAGAAGGGCUAAAGCGGAGACUUUAUGAAUAUGAUUAGAAAAAGACAAUUUGUCAUCGAUAAUUACACCAAGAUCCUUAGUAGAUUGAGUCGCAGGAAUGAUGUUAGAGCCGAAAAAGUAGACAUUUUUGGGGUUUCUAGGACCAAGAUAAAGAGCAAAUGACUUUUCGGGAGCGAUGGGAAGCCCCCAAAGAGAGGACCAUUCAAUAAUUUCGUCGAUAGCUUGUUGAUUAUGGGACGGAGAACAACCAAAAAUUUUGAUAUCAUCGGCGAACAGUACAGCUUUAACAUUGGAAUUCAAAUGAUGAAAAAUAUCGUUUAUAAAAAUAAGGAAGAGGAGAGGGCCAGAAACAGUUCCUUGAAGGACUCCACUUGGUAUAGGAAAAAGAAGAAGUAGACAAUGAGUCAUUAACUUUGACAAAAGAUUCGCGACCCGUAAUAAAAGAUUUAUACCAGUUGCAAAGCGUUUGAUCAAACCCGAAAUUUUUUAGUUUAAGCAAAAGGAGGUCGUGAGAGACUUGAUCAAAUGCUUUUUGAAAAUAAGCUUGAUGAGGUUGAGUUUUCUCACCUUUUCUCACAUGAUUCGACUUCCGAGAGCCACUGCUACUGAAUGCUUCGGAAUGGCUUGAUUCAGGACAUCCUGGUUCCGGUCGGUACUAAGGCAGGCUUCUUCGGCGUCGACGUCCUUCUGACGUCGAUGUGGCCGGCGGAAGUCUGGAAACACUCUCACAACCAACCGGUCAAACCGGUUGUCGGCUCUCCUCUGAUUUCGAAACUCGCGGCCGAACUCAAACCGCGAUACCACAUUGCUGGCACCGGCGUUCACUAUGAGCGUCAGCCCUAUAGGUAUCGCUUGUUCAGAGUUCCUAAGGAAACAUGACUUCGAAGGAAUCAUCGAGUGUUGCUCGAGCCGGCGCGACACGUCACUCGGUUCAUCGGCCUAGCUUCUGUGGCAAAUGACGAAAAGCAGAAAUGGCUCUACGCUUGCAACAUCAAAGUAAUUCUUUCGACCACAAAAACGGACUCCAUUGCUUUUUUCAGCCAAUGAGAAAGCUCGAAAAAGAAGAAUUGGUGGCACAGCCACCCAACGCUUCGGAAUUCCCUUAUAAAGAGGUUCUAGAAGAAUUAAAAGUCAAGUAGGUUUCCAAAAAUAUCGAAGAAGUCAAAUGAUGUUUCAGAGAAGUUUUGAACAACAUGGACAGUGGGAAGAGACCUGAAGGAGCUCAGUAUCGCUUCGAAAUGUAUGAUCAAGACGAUACGGAGUCGAGGAAACGAAGGAAUGAAGGUGAGCUGUGUUUACAAAGUUCGAAAUUUUUUGAAAAGAUCAAUUUUCGAACUUGAAAAAUGAGUCGUUCCUGAGGUUUUUUCACUCAAAUGCUCUUGGAACUUUAAAUAGCUAUUUUAAGUUCAAAAAAAAAAAAAUAGACACACUUCUUGAAAUUUGAGACUCGUCUAACCUUUUUUCAGUGAACUCUUUCCGUCCUUUUUAGUUGCUUUGCGGUAAUGUAUAAUCCUACAGCCGACCUUAUGCUGAGCAGCGUAGACUAAUUGGUUAGAUUUACUCGCGCGCAAGUAGUUUUCGGUCCGGCACGCGUUAGACACGUGGAGCCAUUCCGGAAAACCUUGAAUUUGCUUCGAAUCGGGAAUAUUUUCUUCCGUAUUUUUUGUUUUUAAAGAUAUCUUCAUGUUUUCUGUCAAUCCAUCAAAAGCUCUGACGAUUUUAGACGGCGGUCCGCGAGAAAAGCGACCGGCAGCUCCAUGCUGGUUCUGUCUCUCGAAUGUGGAUGCGGAGAAGCACUUGGUGGUGAGUGUCGGAGACUCUUGCUACGUCGCCAUGCCGAAAGGUCCCCUCACUGAUGACCACGUAAUGAUCCUGUCUAUUGGUUCCCAGAACUUUUCUCUUUUCUGAAAAUCCUCUUAUUCCAGAACACAUUCAGUCGUUGGUUUCUGCACCUGUCAAUGUCAGAGACGAGGUCGAAAAGUUCAAAAACGCCUUCACUUUAGCCGCCGACAAGGUAUAUUUCCAAUAAAAGCCGAAAUCAAGAAUCGGAUCAGAUGGGAAAAGCCAUGGUGGCCUUUGAACGGAACUACAGAACGCAGCAUUUGCAAGUCCAGUUGGUUCCGAUUCCGAAGACGUCGACGAAAUCUUUGAAGACGGCCUUCAUGAAUGCUGCGGCCGUCGCUGGUACAGAGCUCGUUACUGUUGGUGCCGAAGAAAAUGUACGCUUCUUUGAGAAAAUAAGAAAGUUUCACCACGUCUUUUUUGAAGUCGAGGAGAGUAGACAAUAUAAAAUGUUCACAAUUUUCUGAUCUGACAGUUUAUUUUAUUCAUGUCAUUGAUAAGAAAAAAAAUUAUUUUUUCAGCUUGCCGACCUUGUCAACGAAGGUUGUCCCUACUUCAUGGUAGAACUGCCGGACGGAUCGCGUUUAUUCACGCGAUCCAUGAAGAACUUUCCCUUGCAGUUUGCUCGAGAGGUUUCUUUUCGUCUCUCGAAUCCGUGUUUUAAAUUGAUUUUUGACAUGCAGGUGCUGGCCGGCCGGCCGAUCCUCGACUGCGAGGCGAAAAUCGAUUGGCGAGCCUGUUCAUUGGCCAAAAACAAGGAGGUGGAGCUCGUCGAGAAGGUCAAGAAGUCUUUCAAGCCGUUCGAUUUCACAAACGACGGCGAUUCUGAUUGA